CUAACCCGAGAAACCCACACACGCGCACGCCGCCACGCCCACCCGCAGUCCCGCAGCACCCCGAUACUGAGCAGGCGAGACCGCUAGCGACGGCGGCGGCGCGACCCAAGGCGACUCUGUUGGCGUCCGUUCCUCUCCUCCGACCGGUCGACGGCACCAACGAGGAGGCGUCCCCGUCGGUCGUCCGUUCGUCUCCUCCGACCGGUCGACGGCGCCAGCGAGGAGGUCUCCGUUCCUCUCCUCCGACCGGUCAACGGCGCCAGCGACCCGUCCCUCCUGGCUGAGCUCGAUGGCGACGGCUUCCCUCUUGUCUCCCGCUCGUGCUCGACAUCACCGCCUCAGGCAUGGCAAGUCCAUGGAGGCCACGUAUGGAAAUUGACGGUGAUGAGGACCACGGUGGCAGCAGUGGCCAUGAAGAAUCAUCAAGAGCUAUUGUUGUUCCUCCUGCCCUGACUGCCCCGCCUACUGGACUGCCUCCUGCUUCCAAUCAUCGUCGUGCUGCUGCUGCUUCUGCUGCGACGAGCGAACCUAGACAGAAGCGUCCAAGAUCUAAAGGAAAGGGGCGUGUCGAUGAAGCUGCUGGACCGAGCACACAGCGUCAACCUGCAGCUGCUGCAGCCCCUGUUGGAGAUGCCCAAGGUGGCACAGCUUCAGAAUCAAAGGUGGGGAAGAGGAAAGGGAAAAGCAAGAGCAAUCUUCAAAUGCCAAUCCUAAUGACAACGAUCUCUCAUCAGAAUCUAAAGAUGAUUGCUGCUGACCUGUUGUUGAAGAAGAUGGUGCUGGCUGCUAUUGUUGAUGCAACAAAAUGGUUCUUUUUACAUGCUGUUUGUGAUUUGUGAACCUGUGUUUCGGAAGAUGGAACUUUAUUUUGUGAUUUGUGACCUGUUGUUGAAGAAGAUAUAACUUGUAGUAGUUAAUUUAUGGCGUUGGUGCUGGAGUGCUGGACAGGAGAUGAAACUGAACUUUUAUGCCUGUGUCUGUCAAUGUGUGGUUUGGUGUUGGUGUUGGACACUUGGACAGUAGAUGUUGAAACUGAACCUUUUAUCAUGCAUGUGUGUUGGACAGCGCAUGGAGGAGGCUUAUUAUGCAUGUAAUUCUGUAGUUGUGUUAAUUGUUGAACUGUUAGCUGUGUUAUUAA